AUGGUCUGGAAGAAGCUGGGCUCCGGCAACUUCUCCAGCUGCCCCAAUGGCUCCCAGUGGAUAUGGGACGUGUUUGGGGAAUGUGCCCAGGACGGCUGGGACGAGGCCAGUGUGGGCCUGGGCUUGAUCUCCAUUCUCUGCUUCGCCUCGUCCACUUUCCCGCAGUACAUCAAGGCGUGCAAGACGGGCAACAUGGACCAGGCCCUGUCCCUGUGGUUCCUCCUGGGCUGGAUUGGCGGAGACUCCUGCAACCUCAUCGGUUCUUUCCUUGCUGACCAGCUGCCCCUGCAGACCUACACGGCGGUGUAUUACGUCUUGGCGGACCUGGUGAUGCUGUCCCUCUACUUUCACUACAAGUUUAAGAAUCGCCCCUCUGCGUUGUCUGCCCCCAUCAACGCGGUGCUCUUGUUCGGCAUGGGACUGGUGUGUGCCAGCCCGCUGCUGAGCAGCACUGGCCCUGUGGCCACCCCGAGGGAGGUCUUCCAGGGCCGGAAGCUCCUGUCUGUGGAGCCAGGCAAUAAGCCCUUCACGAAGCAGGAGAUCAUCGGUUUUGUCAUCGGCUCCAUCUCCAGCGUCCUGUACCUGUUCUCCCGGCUGCCUCAGAUCCAUACCAAUUUCCUGCGGAAGUCCACCCAGGGGAUCUCCUACUCGCUGUUCGCCCUGGUGAUGCUGGGGAACACGCUGUACGGGAUGAGUGUGCUGCUCAAGAACCCCGAGGACGGCCAGAGCGAGGGCAGCUACGUGCUGCACCACCUGCCCUGGCUCGUGGGCAGCCUGGGCGUGCUGCUGCUCGACACCAUCAUCUCCAUCCAGUUCCUGGUGUACAGGAACGCCGCCACGUCCUCAGAGCACCAGCCCCUCCUCCCCAGCUGA